CAGAGAUGUACAAAAAUUACAAGGUGAUUUUUUUGCAGCUACUCAAAAUAAUGUUUCAAUAGUCCCACGAACACCUCAUGUUGCGAUCCAUUCUUUCUACUGCACCAAACUUUACUGGUGAAUGUGUGCAUAACGGAACGAAAACAACUGUCGAAUCUGCCUAUUUUACCGGAAAAUAUACGAUCAUCCUGUUUUACCCUAGUAACUUCGUCCAAUGUACGGCUGAGGAACUUCUUGCACUUGACCAAUCGUUGUCAGAGUUUGAGAGACUAAACUGCACACUCUUAGCCAUCACUCCAGAUUCCAUCGAGUCUCAAAUAGCCUGGUAUCGAGCACCCUUGGAAAGCAACGGCCUAGGUGGAGGUGUGCGGUUUCCCUUGUUGUCGGACAAAAGUUUUUCAGUAUGUCGCGCAUACGGUGUGCUCCGCGAGGACAAAGGCGUCCCUCUGAGGUCUCUGUUCAUUCUGGAUCCGUUACAGAAGAUUCGUGUUGUGCUGAGUAUGGACAUUGGAAUUAUGUACGAUAUAUCGGAAAUCCUUCGUAUAAUCAAGUAUCUGACCGAUCUAGAUAACCGGGCUUCACAAAACGCUGCGAAGCAAGUUUGAGAAAAAAACAACACUUGGAUCGGAAAAACGUGCUCUUUCCCGAGGUCCGCAAUACUCGUCUACUUAUCUUUUGCAUAUCUUUACGAAAUGUUCCGUUUUUCUUGUUACCAUAUGACCUCGCAACCUGAUUUGGACCACUCAUUUACCUAAGUUCCAUUUACUAGCAUUAUUUUGCAAAGAGUACAAUUUUUUAAGUUUUUCUGCAAUCACGGGAUUUUUGCAUGUGUAAUUAGUUCCUAAGAGGAAUUUUCACCAGUUUUUCUUUCAACUUCAUUAACUUCACUCAUUUUGCACGCAGCUUUUCCAAACCCCUUUGUGAUUUUUGUGCUCAUGCCGAGUGAUAUCCUUUCUCACUCUAUUUGAUGUUAUUUGCGGAUAUUGUUUCUAUGGGAUUAGCAAAUCAUUCGACUGCACUUAAUAUGGAAGUCAAGACCGUUAUCUAGUUUUUUGAAAAC